AUGGAGAUGUCAAAUAUAUGGAAUCGGAUUCCAUCAAUUUCCAAUCAACUGUAACAAAGAUUUUCUUGUCAAAACUGUAAAAACUCUCUCUCUCUCUCUCUUGUUUAUUCUCAUACCAAAACGAAGGCAAAACCUUGAACAAAAAUAUUAAAAAAAAAAUUUAAAAAAAAAAAAAUUUGAGGUAGAAAUGGCGAAGAGAAGCACCGAGUUUCAAGUGUACAAUAGCAUGACGAAGCAGAAAGAGAUAUUUAAGCCGAGAGCGGAGGGCAAAGUCGGAAUGUACAUCUGCGGCGUUACAUCCUACGACUAUAGCCACAUCGGCCACGCGCGUGCCUACGUGGCCUUCGACGUUCUCUACAGAUAUCUGAAACAUUUGGGGUACGAGGUUGUUUAUGUCCGCAAUUUCACUGAUGUCGACGACAAGAUUAUUCGAAGAGCAAAUGAGCUUGGGGAGGAUCCAAAGGCAUUGAGUGGUAGAUUUUGCCAAGAGUUUCUAAAAGAUAUGGCCGAUCUACAAUGCCUUCUUCCCACUCAUCAGCCACGUGUCACUGAUCAUAUGGAUGAAAUCAAGAACAUGAUUGCUCAGAUUAUCAAGAAUGGAUGUGCUUAUGCUGUCGAUGGUGAUGUCUACUUUUCCGUUGAUAAUUCCCCAAAUUACGGUAUUCUAUCGGGACGAAAAUUAGAAGACAAUAGAGCUGGCGAACGAGUUGUUGUCGAUGAGAGGAAGCGAAAUCCAGCAGAUUUUGCUCUGUGGAAGGCUGCAAAGCCAGGGGAGCCACUGUGGGACAGCCCGUGGGGCCCGGGGAGGCCAGGGUGGCACAUAGAGUGCAGUGCUAUGAGCGCUCACUACCUCACACAUGCAUUUGAUAUUCAUGGUGGUGGAAUGGAUUUAAUCUUCCCCCACCACGAAAACGAGAUUGCUCAGAGCUGUGCCGCUUGCUCCGACAGCAAAAUUAAUUACUGGAUGCAUAACGGUUUCAUUACUUUGAACGACGAAAAGAUGUCUAAAUCCGAGAAAAACUUCUUCACUAUCCGUGAGGUUACAGAAUUAUACCAUCCACUAGCACUGAGGCAUUUCCUUUUGGGAACGCACUACCGCUCCCCCGUUAAUUAUUCAAUAUCACAGAUCGAAAUUGCAUCUGAAGCGGUCUUCUAUGUAUAUCAGACUUUGCAAGAUUGUGAUGAUGCUUUAUUAGCAGUAAAAGAAGAAAUUGAAGUAAACGGAAAAAAAGUACGAUUAACUCCUGCUGGCCAAGAAUGCCUCACUAAACUGCACGAAGAUUUCGAGUCAAAACUGGCAGACGAUUUACACACACCCACUAUACUGAAUUCUUCUCUCCAAGAAGCUUUCAGAUUUAUGAAUACAUCCAUAAGCAUGCUCAAGAAGAAGCAGCAGAAGCAACAGCAAUUAUCGAUAGCUAAGUCCCUCAUUGAUCUACAAAUAAAAGUCAAACAAGUCUUGGAUGUUCUUGGUUUGCUCUCGAGUUCAAGUUAUACUGAGGUUUUGCAACAGCUGAAGAACAAAGCUUUGAAAAGGGGAGGAUUAACCGAAGAAGAUGUUUUGCAAUCGAUCGAAGAAAGAAUGUUAGCUAGGAAAAACAAAGAGUUUUCGAAGAGUGACGAGAUAAGGAGUGAUCUUGCUGCUAAGGGAAUAGCUUUAAUGGAUGUGGGAAAAGAAACGGUGUGGAGGCCUUGUGUGCCUGUGCAACAAGAACAGCAAAUCGAGCGGGUCCCACAAAACAAACUUCCUCUGCAUGAAGAAUCGGUUGCGCUAGUUGAUAAGUAGCAGAAUGCAGCCAAACGUGUUUACUAGGUAAGUUAUAGCGAUACUUCUAACUUAUAAGUUUCUUUUUCAUUUGAUGUUUUUUUUUUUUUAACUUUUGGGGUUGACCCUAAAAUUCCGGACAUGCCCGAAUGUUUUUGGAAGAAUGAGGUUUGUUUAUUGGAAAACUGUGUAUUGAAACUCCUAAUUGGAAUCCAGUUAUGGAAUCGAAAACUAGUAGAAUUACAU